AAGGAGGAAAACCAAAAACCGUCCCAAUCACACGUGUUGCAUCCUUGAAUUUAAGGGAAGUGGGCCUGAAAAGUCCUUAAAAAUCACUGAAUUUGAUUUAAGAGUGUGUGGGAUCCCUGAAAAUGACUCACUGGCGCCAUCUAUGUUUCAAACGUUAUUACUCAGCAACAUAAACCCCGCCUGCUUACCGGGUCUCCCGCUGCAGUUGCUGCAGUUUGAUGAAAUGUCCUUGUUUGUAUCCUCGAGCUGACUGAGCUCCACCAUGACUAUAUAACCAGGUGAGCUGACCACCUCCAGUUGUUGACGUAGGUCUGACAAGUCAAACAACCCACAUGACCCAACUUGUCUCCCUAGUCUCAGCUAUAACACCGUUAAUCCUCGUGCUUGGACAGAUAAGACAACGAGGGACACCAUGGAGCACGUUACGCAGUUUCUUCAGGGAGUGGAGCUGGACACCAAGACAGCAGGGCUGCUGACAGUCGCUGCCUGCAGUGUGGGAGCUCUGUUGCUGCUGGUGCAGAAGGUCCACACACACCGGGACGCGGAGGACAAGAUCCGCAGAGCCAGGCAGCACCGGGCGGACACCCUGCGGCGGGCGGAACAAGCUGUUCUCCAGUACAAGAAGACGCAUCCAAUGACCAACUCUGCCUUUAUCUUGUCGCUGUCCCUGUCUGAGUUGACAAACAAGCUGCAGGAUGGUUCACUGAGCCCUGAGGAAGUGUUGUACUGCUACAUGGAAAAGACUCUGGCUGUGAACAAAGAUCUGAACUGCUGCACAGGGAUCUUGUUGGAGAGUUUUGACCUGGUGAAAACAGUUGCCACCAAAAAGGAAGGUCUCUUGUAUGGAGUUCCAGUUAGCAUCAAAGAAAACUUUUCAUAUAAGAAUACAGACAGUUCUUGCGGUGUGAUCAUUUACCUGGACAAGCCUGCUCAGAAGGACGGCGUGCUUGUUGAAGUUCUGAAGAGACAAGGAGCCAUCCCCUUCGUGAAGACCAACGUGCCCCAAACGAUGCUAAAUUAUGAGUGCAGUAACCCCAUCUAUGGGCAGACCGUGAACCCCCACAACCUCAAGAAGACCUGCGGAGGUUCGUCCGGUGGGGAGGGGGCUCUCAUUGGAGGAGGGGGCUCCAUACUUGGUUUAGGCAGUGACAUAGCAGGUAGCAUCCGUAUUCCAGCUGCAUUCUGCGGGAUCUGUGCCUUUAAGCCAACAGCAGGACGGCUAAGUGUAAAUGGUGUGACCCCCUUCUAUCGAGGGCAAAAAGCAUUGCAAUCAAGUCCUGGACCCAUGGCGAGGGAUGUGGAAAGUCUGGCCCUGUGUAUGCAGGCUUUUCUCUGUGACCACAUGUUUUCUUUGGACGCCACUGUUCCACCCAUACCUUUUAAUAUGCAGAUGUACCAGAGUGCCGAACCUCUCAGGAUUGGUUACUUGGAAAAUGACGGCUACUCAGAAGGGUCUCCAAGCAUGGUCAGAGGAGUCAGAGAGGUCAAAGCUCUGUUAGAGAAAGCAGGGCACACUUUUGUGCCCUACACUCCUCUGGAGAUACCUUACGCUGUAAAUGAACUGAUGACAAGGGGUGCCUUUGCAGACGGAAUUACCACCUUUUUUGAAAAAAUAUCGCUCUGUAGGAUGAUCCCCUAUUGUUUCUGUUUUAGGAAGGGGGACCCAGUGGAUCCCAUCCUCAAAGUACAGUAUCAAGUUUACAAACUGCCUAUAUGGUUGAAGAAGAUCCUCUCAUUUCUCGUCAAGCCCGUGAGUCCUCGUAUCUCUGCCAGCCUCAAUGCUUUGACUGGAGUUAGGUCUGUCGCAGAGGUGUGGAAGCAUCAUGCUGCUGUUGAGGACUACAUUCAGGCAACGAUAGCAAACUGGAGAAGAUACAACAUAGACGUGCUGCUGUGCCCUAUGAUCGGACCAGCCUACAACUUCUUGUAUUGCGGCAAGCUUAACUCUUUUCUUUCUUUCACGGCGUUUUACAACCUCCUUAAUUUUCCCGCUGGUGUUGUCCCUGUUUCCACGGUGACAGCAGAGGAUGAGGAAGAACUCAAACACUAUAAGGGCAAUUUUCAGGACCUGUGGGACAGAGACUUCAAAAAGGCUGUGACUGGAGGCGAGGGUCUGCCCAUAGCCGUGCAGUGUGCCGCCCUGCCGUGGCGGGAUGAGCUCUGCCUGCGCUUCAUGAGGGAGGUGGAACAAGUGGUCAAACAGAGCAAGAAGUGAAAACCCGGGGCCACAGGUGGGGCUGUUAACCUCAGGGGCCUCAGGUUAAAUUUGUCUCAACUACACAAACAAUAAGGCUAUCUCUGAAAUCAUAAUGAGAACAUACUGUUAAUGAUGAAAUAACUCCACUGACCACAUUAAAACAAAAUGAAAUAUGAGUAAAAGUUAAAACAGUUAAUGUUGCUUUAGGAAAGGUUGUUGUGUUUUAAAAAACUAAUAUUUUGAGUUUCACUUUUCUGCUCGACAAGGAUGAACUCAGGUACUUCUGCUUUUUGGGUUUUUAGGGCCAUAAUAAAGAUUGAACUGUCAAAUGUGAAACUGCUAAAAGGGCUCUAUGCGAAAUUCAGACUUGUCUGAACACGGUGCUCAACAUGGAGGUGGCUGCAGGCUAGCAGCUAACGGUACUAACUCCAUAAACAGCACGUAAACACAGUAACAGUGCUAACAGAGCUAGCAGUGUUAACUAGGGGGAAAUCAAAGGAGGGGUGCUAUGCUUCCACAAUGACGCCAUCCCAAUAUCAGCAGUACCCGCCUUAUGAGUGCAGUGCAAAGUGGAAGCAAUGAGCCAGCCAGUGGGACACACACAUGCGCUAACAAGCACAUGCAGUUUUUUUUUUUCUUGUUUUGCUUUUAUUUUAAAAUGAAGAAUUUAACUAACAUUCACAGGCAUGAUUACAUGGUUGUGAUUUGUGUGUCAAGUUUGUAAAAAAAAAACAAAAAACUUUUUUUUUUGAAGUGCAGCACAUUUCAGACACAAAGCUUUUAUUUUGAAGUGCUUUUUCCCACUGUAGAGUGAGUGACCAACGGAGAGCUACUUGAGAGAGACAACAAAGUAGCUUGACAAUAUGGUCAAAAUCAAGUAUGACGCUGAAUGUAUUAAACCUUGAACAAAUGACCAAGGAGAAAUCUGGACUGGUUGGGAAGCACUGCUUUAGAAGAAUUUUAAUUUCUAAUCACCAUUAUUCAAAGAGGUUUUGCAGCCACAUGCAAAAAAUGUUGACCCUUUUGGAUUUUAUAGUGAAUAUGAAAGCUUUUUGUGUGAUGCAAUAACUGAGAUUUAAAUAAAGUUACUGAUUUCUCAUAAAGGAA